AUGAGUGACGAGCGUCCUCCUCCACCGCCCCCAAUUCCACUACCUCCACCAAAUGCCACAGCCACUUCCCAAGAAUCAUUUCCCUUCUUCAAAUUGCCUACUGAAAUACGGCUGCACAUCUACCGCCUUCUCUUGCGUCGCGACAAGCCGGUUCUUCUUCGCAGCAAGCGCGCCAUCCAGCGCGCCGAAUCCGCCGCCUUGAAUACGGGCAAUUCGAACACUUCCGAAACGCCUAUUGUAGCAUAUAACCACGCAUUGGACGCCGGCGUUGCUGAAUUGCGAGCGGCAAAUGGUACCACAUCUGAACGCUCCGCAAGAGUACGGCGUAGGAGCAUUCAGCGCAACAAUAAUACGCAUCCACUCGGUCAUACGCCUCGCAUUAGUGCAAUUCCUCCACUCAUUCGACCACAGAUUGUGACUCCUUAUGUCCGUGAAAACGGCCGAUUACCAGGUAGUCCACCGCAACCAACGAACCAUAACAGCCCCUCGAGCUCUACGAGAAGGCCGUGCGCCCCGCCUCGUAAAGUCUUCGAUCCAAUUGACCCAACUAUCCUCAUGACAUGCAAGCUCGUCUGCCGCGAAGCUCGUCCCAUUCUAUAUUCUGAGAACGUUUUCGAGUUGGAAAUCGAGACUGCUGUUGUUACGCUUGUAGGGCUGCAUCAGCGCACCCGCUCGUUGAUCCGGCACGUGCGGCUCGUGAUAUCUUCACAUCAUGAUAUCCUCGAGCAAUUCACCGAUGUUGUCCGUCUGGGUUUGCGCUACUGUUGGGGUCUGCGCACUUUUGUCAUUGUCUUGCCACAGCUGUUCCCCGAGAACACCGGCCCGCUCGAUGAGGAAGACGAAGAAGAAGAAGAAGACGACGAACUCGGCGAUGACGAUGAGAACGAGAAUGACCAGGAUGCAGAGGACGCUGAGUCUCUUGAGUUUUCUGCCGCUGCCGCUGCCGCUGCAACGAACCAAAUAUCAGCUACCCCUACAUCCAUUAGUCCACCUCAGCCCGCAUCUGCCGCGCCCCGCCCUCCCCCUCUAACCGCAUCGCUAUUAUCAGCAGCAAGCGCUCCAAACACCACCACCACCACCACCACUGCAUCCCCGACAUCCACGCCUGUAAACCUGACCGCAGGCACCACACACGAUUUCAACACUCUCACUGAUCCAGUUCACCCUUCGCCUCCACCCGUCAUUUCUCCUCCGACCAUGGACGAGCUCAACGAGCCUCGUAUUCCGCUGACCGGUCGUACCGUGUACACCAAUGCGUUUCACAUCCUGCGGUGGCUGCCGCGCCAGACCAAAGUCACUCUUGAGGGCGUUGUCGACGAGGAUAUCGCGCGCGUGGUCGACGCUCGUCGCAAGCAGGGCGCCCGAUUGAGUCAUGUCUCCCCGCCAGUCUCGCCGCCGCAUGUGCUCCUUGGACUGGGGUGGAUAUCUUAG